GGGCCAAUGGCGGCGCGGCGAGGGCCGGGGCCCCGCUCGCACCCGCGGACGCUCAUUCAAAACGCGGCCGGGCUCGGGCAGCCCCGGACCCGAACCCGCGCCGGGGCUCCGCGGGGCCGGGCGCCGCCGGCGGGGAUGCCCGGGGGGGCCGCGGCUUGAGGCGGCCCCCGCCCGCCCGCCGCCAUGCCGGUGAAGAACCGGUACAACCUGGUGGACGAUGGCUGCGACUCCCGCGUCCCGCUGCACAACGAGGAGGCCUUCCAGCACGGCAUCCACUUCCAGGCCAAGUACAUCGGUAGCUUGGACGUACCCAGGCCCAACAGCCGCGUGGAGAUUGUGGCAGCCAUGAGAAGGAUUCGGUAUGAAUUCAAAGCCAAGAACAUCAAGAAGAAGAAAGUGAGCAUCAUUGUGUCCGUGGAUGGGGUGAAGGUGAUUCUGCGCAAGAAGCAGAAGAGGAAGGAGUGGACCUGGGAUGAGAGCAAGAUGGUGGUGAUGCAUGAUCCCGUGUACAGAAUAUUCUACGUGUCUCAUGACUCGCAAGACCUGAAAAUAUUCAGUUACAUCGCAAGGGAUGGUGCUAACAACUCCUUCAGGUGCAAUGUCUUCAAGUCGAAGAAGAAGAGCCAGGCGAUGCGCGUGGUGCGCACGGUGGGACAGGCCUUCGAGGUGUGCCACAAGCUGAGCCUGCAGCACGCGCUGCAGAACGCCGACGGGCAGGCGGACGGUGCCAGCGACAAGUCAGCCGAGGAGCAGCCGCUGGAAGUUCACCAGAUAAAGGGCUCCAAGAUCACGGAUGAGGUUGGCAUCGACUCUGACGGCAUCUGUGUGUCCGAGAGGGGACCCGGAGAGCUGCCAGGUGCCAGGGGGGACCUCGGCAUGCUGAAACCUGGGCAAGCCUCAAAGGAUAAGAACUGCCAGGAUGCUGAGAACUGCUCGCUGCACCCGGCCAGCUCCCAGCCGCUGCUCAGCCCAAGCAGCCCCUGCUCUGCGGCCUCCAUCACCCCGCUGGCCUCCCAGCACUGCCUCCAGCUCCUGCAGCAGCAGCUCCUGCAGCAGCAGCAGCAGACGCAGGUGGCCGUGGCCCAGGUGCAGCUGCUGAAGGACCAACUGGCGGCCGAAACGGCGGCGCGGAUCGAGGCGCAGGCCCGGGUGCGGCAGCUCCUGCUGACCAACCGCGACCUGCUGCAGCACGUCUCGCUGCUGGUGCGGCAGCUGACGGCGCUGGAGGCCCGGGAGGAGCACCGGCAGCCGGUUGACCGUUCCUUGCAAAACCUGUCCCUGGCUCAGUCCCUGUCCCUGAACCUGAAGAACCACUACAGCCUGGACAUCCACCUCCCGUCCACCUCCAGCCCCGCCAGCAUCCUGGGCAGCCCCGUGGCCCCCGGCUCGCUGCCGGCCCUGGGCCCUGGGGACUCCUACCUCAACCUCAUCAGCCUGGAGAGGGGCAGCCACCGCUGCAGCAGCAAGGAUGGGGACGAGUGCCUGGCGGUGCUGGAGGGGCAGGAUGGGCUCAGCCGGCGCGUGGAGGGCUCUGAGGUCAGCGACUUCUCUCUGCUCAAUGGGAGCAGCCGGCAGAAGGGGGACGACAUGGACAGAGGGGACGAGGACAGGCGGCCGCAGCCCAUUCCCAAGCUGAACCCACCACCACCCAUCCUACGGAAAAGGUCGAGCAAGACCUCCCCGAGCCUGGAAGUGGAGGUGAAGCCCGAGAGCGCUGCCCACGUGAGCCUGCCCAGCCCCAGCAUCUCCAGCCUCACCAGCAUCGCUGCCAGCUCCCUCACCCUCUUGGACCCUGAGGCAAGGACUCCCGCACGGAGCACUGCCUCCAGCACGGAGCCCAUCCUUGCUGGGACCUGCCAGCGCGCUCUGGGCAAGGACAGGACUGGAGAGAGCGGGCAGAUGUCCCCCCUGGCCAGCAUCCAUGACUCUGCAGCCACCGAGGCCCUGGCCAAGGACUUGGCGGCCCUGGCCAGCCCUACGGACAGCACGCUGCCCUUCUCCCCUGCGGACGACACGUGCUUGCACAUCAGCUUCUCUGAAGAUGAGCUGCUUGAACCAGAGCUGCACACUGCCCUAGGGCCCACCAGGGUCCCUUCUUAAUGGGACUGCAGUAGGUGGCAGCUGGCUCUCAGCAGCUCCAUCCACACUUCUCCACCAGCUCGCACUGGGGUUGGGAGCACCGGUGCCCCGGCUGGGAGGCAGGUCCCUUUGCUGUUCCUGUCCCAUGUAUGGGGCUGCCACACAGGAUGCGACCCGGCCAGCUCAUGCCCUCGGUCUGCACCAGCUCACACUGCCUUCCUGCUGCCCCAUCCUGUCCUGUCCCUGCUCACACAGCUGGGGUGCUGCUCAGGGUCCCUGCUCUGGGCAGAUAACUCAUGUCCAUCACUACAUCCCUUCUGUUGGCUGGGUGCAGGCAGAUAGCACUGCUGGAGGCCAGGGCACACUGCAUGGCGAUGGGAUGUGGUGCUGGUUUGACUCACCCUGGGGAGGUUCCCACCCAGCCAGCAUUCCCAUGGGAUGCUCCACAGCAGAAACAUCCCUGGGGGUUGAACAAUGGGAACACCCAGGCAUGGGCAUGGCACAGUGCAGGGCUGUGAACACCCAGACACGAGGCUGCUGUCACUAACCCCAUUCAUCAGUUGUCACCUGCGAGGGGGGCCAGGUAGCAUGGCCACGGUGCUGCUCCUCUGCCCGGCUCCCUGAGGUGGGUACCAGGCUGCCAUCACUGCCACAGGACGGGUGUCUCCAGGGCAGCCUCUGUCCACACUGUGCCCAGCCCAGCUGUUGGGGACAGCAGCCCCAGCACUGCAUCCCCAUAUGGCAAAGCCACCACUGCCUCCCUCCACAGGUGCCUUUUCCCAUGCCCCAAGCUGGGGCCACCCCCCAGAGGCCAUUGCUACAGUGUGUGACCCCCCAGAGGCAGGGUGCACCCCAUGUCUUGGGGUCAGGGUGGCAGAGCCCUCCUGUGCCUCUUGAGCUGCUGGUGGCUGCUCUGUCGCGUUGGUUUUAGGGUGUUGUGUGGUUUGGGUUUGGUCUCGGAAGUGCAAGUGUCCUGGGAGGAGUUAAGGUGUAAAAGAGAAGCCCAAUCCUGGGUGAAGGGCGCCACAUGUCCCCUUAACCCUGGGCAGAUUUUGGGGAGGGACCCAAGGAGAUGCUCAUCCACCUCGGUUGUUUGCAAGAGGGUGUUGGGGAAGUGUUGGAGGGUCAAGAUGGGAAAGUGUCAAGCAGAAAUGGAGACUCGGAGCAGCCACACUGCCUGAUCCAGGCACGGUGCUGCUCCCAUGGAGGGGAAGAUAGAGGGAGAUGGGACAUGCACCCCAGAGCCAGCCAUGGCCGGGAGGAGCCGGCAGCAUCCCCACUGGUGACUGGGCCUGGGGCUUGUAAAGCUGUGGCUGGGCUGUCCCAUAGUGCAGUAGAGACAGACCAGCCCGUCAUAGGAAUGAAGUUCACUGCAGCUGGUAACUGACUUUUAAAGAAGAUAAAAUAAAGGUGUCCAAUUUGCA